UAACUCACUGAUUCACUAACUCGAUGAUUCACUAACUGACUGAUUCACUAACUCAAUGAUUCAUUAAGUCAGAGAUUCACUAACUCACUGAUUCACUAACUCACAGAUUAACUAAUUAACUAACUCAUUGAUUCACUAACUCGAUGAUUCACUAACUGACUGAUUCACUAAUUCACUAUCUCACUGAUUAACUAACUCAAUGAUUCAUUAAGUCAGAGAUUUACUAACUCUCUGAUUCACUGAAUCGCUAACUCAGUGUUUCACUGACUCACUGAUCCACUAACUCUCUGAUUCACUGACUGAGAUACUUACUGACAGACUAAUUGAGCUAGUGACAGACUAACUGAAUUAUUACUGAUUCACUCAUACUGAUUAUUCAUUCACAGUUUCUUCCCUUACAGGGAGUGUCUGAACCACUACUGACUGAAUUACAGACUCACUCAUUUAUUGAAUCAGUGACAUACUUUCUGACUCAAAUAGCUUUAUUAGCAUGACCAUAAUGACAUACAAUAAUGCCAAAGCUUUGUACAAUUGUGACACCUUUACAUACAGUAAAUAUACAUUUGAAAUAUACCGAAAUUCAAGAAUACCAUUACCAAUACCAUACCAAUACCAUUAUUUACAGGGUUAACCAUAUCCUUUUUGAACAAAAAAAUAUUGCUGAUUCACAAAACAAAUGAUUAAGAAAUAGACAUGAGUUAUGGUGUAGCAGUUCAGUCUGAUUCUCUCAUGUUGUAUAUGCAGGGACAAACUGUCCUGCAAGAACGCAGCUUUCUUUCAUUUUCUUUUUUGAAUAAUAGAGCACGCUUUCUUUAGGAUUUAGAAUUAUGGGAAUAAUUGUUUAGGUUAGAAUUCUGGGCUUUGCGUGAGGAAGAGCUUCACUGAGUGAUUAUCAAUAUAAUUCAUUUUGAAGUGGGUUCACGAAAUGAAAUAUAAAAAGUGGUAUAAAAAUGAAAAACAGGACUGCUAUAAACAACUAAGAGUCGCAAGUGAAAGUGUAAACCCGCAGCUCAGACUGGCAGGCUGCCUCCCCCUCUCUACCGCGCGCUCUCUCUCUCUCUCUCUCCGGGGGUGGAGCUCCAUCCACCAACGCGCUGCGGUUCUGGUUCCUAAGACAACCCAUAAAACACGCACUGCAGCCCUGCCAGCUGAGCUGCACGACUCGGCUGAGAGGAACGACUUUGAAGCGCCGACAGCACGGACACACGAUGCAGAAGAGCUCACCGACGAUAUAAAGCGACCACAGCACCGGGACUGAACCUGUUUUCUGCACAGAGGCUUCCACCAUCCUCACAAGAUGCAUAUGAAUAGCUUAUCAAAUCAAUGGACGGACAUCCCCAGAAUGUGUGAUGUGGACGUGUCCCCCGAGCCUACCAGUCCCACCCUGUACGGCGAGUCUUCAGACAAGUACUACAAUGAGGACCGCUGGCAGAAGCUCCGCACAGCUGUCCGAAAACUGGAGUUCUGGGAAAACUUCACUGCUGAGCUGAUCGGAACUGGCUUCUUCUCCAAAGUCUAUAAGGUGAUGCACAGCACCAGUCGGAAGGUGAUGGUGGUAAAGAUCUACAAAAAUGACGUGGACCAAGACAGCAUCGUACGAGAGAUCAGCCUGCUGCAGAAACUCUCCCACCCCAACAUCGUCAGAUAUCUGGGAAUAUGUGUGAAAGAAGACAGACUGUAUCCAAUCUUAGAGUAUGUGAACGGGGGCUGUCUGGAGGAGCUUCUGGUUGGUAAAGAAGUUCCGCUGUGCUGGAAAGAGAAGGUGGAGCUGGCCUGUGAUAUAAGCAGAGGAAUGAUCUACCUGCACUACAAGAACAUUUACCACAGAGACCUGAACUCCAAGAACUGCCUCAUCCGGGUGACGUCUCGAGGUCGAGAGGCUCUGGUGACCGACUUCGGCCUGGCCAGGGAAGUGGUGGAGCCACCAGUCAAAGAUCCCGGCAGGAAGCUGUCCCUGGUGGGCUCCGCCUUUUGGAUGGCCCCUGAGAUGCUACGAGGAGAGCCAUACGACCGCAAGGUGGAUGUUUUCUCCUUCGGAAUUGUCCUCUGUGAAAUUUUGGCCAGGAUCCCAGCAGACCCAGAGAUACUACCCAGAACACAGGACUAUGGGCUGGAUGUGAAUGCGUUCAGGGAGCUGGUGGCUGAUUGUCCUCCGCGUCUCCUGGAGUUAGCAGCCAGCUGCUGCAUGGUGGAGUGCUUCAGACGACCAGCGUUCACAGAGCUGCUGGAUGAGUUGGGAGAAGUUGCUGAGAGUCUGGAGCCGCAGCCACAAUCCGACGUGACCACGACCUGAGGGGUCAGUGUGGGACGCCCCCCCCCAUCGAGUGUCUGGGAUUGUGGGGCAGUGAGGGCAGGAAGCCAACUGACCCCGAGUCUCUGUGGCAUCCCUCUCCUCUACAACACCUCCAUGGUGACACUGAAAUGAAGUGUGCCAACGCCUUUCAGAGGGUGGAGGAAACUCUCCCAACGUCUCAUGGACGCUCUGCUUUGACACGCCAGGUUUGAGGGAUUUGAACAGAAACAGAGGUCAAAUCAGCAUCACAUUUCAUAUUCAUGGUCAUAUUUUUGAUGUUGGUCUUAUUUUAUUUACAAUCUUUUGUAAUGGCUCUUAAAACCUGUAACAUAUCACAAGCGAAACACUGCUCUAGGCCUGGUUUAAGCUUCAUGAAUUAGCAUUUUUGAGAUAUUCUGUGGAUUUUGCUUCAAAGGACCAACAGUGAAAUCACAGGACGUUUUGUUUUUUUUACUGGCAGAAUUCACACUUUAUGUCUAUAUCUCUUUUUUUCAUAGGUCAUAGGAGUUCCUUAAGUUACAUUUGACCAUGUGUGUGUACAUAUUUAAGAUGUUUGCUCACUUCUGCCACCUUUUGGGUGUUGAAAGGGCCCACAUUCCUUUUAUCGUACCAAUAUUUACUACUUUCUGCUUUGUGUGUGUCUGCAAUACAAAAUGAACUUUCACAAAAUCCACCAUCCUAUUAAAAUGAUUCUUCCAGUUUUAUUUAAUUUCUCAAAGUUCAGAGAUACAGGUUUAGUUUUGCUUGUGAUAUAAAUAGAACACAAAAAGUCACUCACUAAUGGGAAGAAGUUAUGAAUGUACCUGUUAGGCCGGGAGUUUUCUUCAUUUAAGGUAGACCUGUUUAGAGAAACAGUUUUAAAGAGGCCAUAUUCUGCUUUCUGGAGUGUUCCGUUUCCUGGAAUGUGUUAUUGGUUUUUGUGCAGAAAAUAAAGAGCUUUUUCAACAUUAAAGCAUGGAGACAUGUCCCAGUCGAGACAUUACAUACUGAUCCCGAGCAGAAUAUGUCCUCUUUAUUAUUUUAUACACAUAGAAGUCCCUCUUUCACUUCGGAUAUUCUACCAUAGAAAACUAAUUUAAACUAAACUAUUAAACAAACUGGUUUCAGUCCCCUUUCUUUUAAAUAUAUGUGUGUCAUUUAUUGAGAAUUGUUGUAUUCACUUUAAAAACUUCUGAGGCCCUCACAACUGUAUUGCAUAGGCUGGUUAGGCUCUGUUUGAAAGCUAGAGUGAAGACUUUGGUGUCAUAUGAAUGAGAAAAGCAUGUAUUUCCACCAUGUAAUGCUCCAAAGUUGGGCAACAUUUUGAAGUGAAAAACCGGCAAGGCCAUAUUCACAGGGGUCCCCUAACCACUCACCUCAAGAUAUCUGACUCUAUGGGAAACCACAAGUCAUAACUGGUGUAUUUGCAUAUUUCUGCAUGCUGGAAUCGCUAAACAGCCCUAGAAAAAAAGGGUAGGACUAUAAGCUGAGAUCCUUGUUGAUCCAAGAGCCCACUGGGAGAAUGAUGUUAGUCCCUGUUGUAGGGAGACCUUUUUUAAACUGGACACUGCUGUAUAAAGUGACCUAUUGUGAGCUCUAGGAUAAUCACAGCCUGAUGAUACUUUAGAACCACAGACUGAGGAAUUCAGUAUGGGUUUCCUUCAUAUAUGGACAGUAAGUGGGUUUCUAAAAACAAUGCAGAAGUUUAUGAUCCUUUAUCACAGCAUGACUUUUUCUAUCCUGUUUUUUCUAAAUCUUAGAGUGGUAAUUUGGAGGAGCUGAAAAAUGUAAUGUGGCUCAAGAUCUGAGUAACAAAUGAUUUACACCCCAGAAAAUGGAAGCCCAAACUAAAAGGACAUGACGGGGCAGGUGGGUGGCCAUCAUAUGCUUGCAGUGCACCAUAUAGUAUAAGCCCUUAUGCACUCAACACUUUUUACUUGAAAAGGUGCCUAACUUACAAUGUUUACAUUGUUUACUAAUGAUUUAUUACUACAAUUACUUUCUGGAUUAUAACAAAAUGACAUUCAAUUGUAUAUUUUGCAGCUGGUAAAGGUGGAACUAGCUUUAAUGAAUUUUUAUAGGGGAUUGAAAUCCGUGUCAGUACAUCAUAACUUAUUAGUAGAUGUAUAUUGUAUUGCUAAACUGAACCUGCAAGGUAACUAAGGUUGUCAAAUAACUGUAUUGGGGUAAAGAGUACAAUUUUGUUCACAAAAUGUAAAUGUGGAUAGGUAUGAAGUAUUGUAAAAUGGAAAUACUCAAGUAAAAUACCUCAGAUUUAUACCUAGGUACAGUGAGUACAAGUACUUGGUUUCUUCCACCACUGAUAGAAGUUUGAUUAAACAGACAGGAUGCCUUAAACUGAGUCGUCACAACUAACUGGCCAUUGGAUGAAUAAACUGUUUGAUUUGA